ACAAAAAAUGAAGCGAAUACAAAACUAUCCAGUUGUUGAAAUUCACAUAGAAGUGGAUACGGAUCUAAUAUUGUUGAUUUUUAUCAUAUUCAACCUGGGAAAGACGUCACCCGUGAAGUUAACCUACAAGAAGAAUGGAAAUCGUGGAUGUCUGCGAAUAGAAGGUAAAAAUCAAGAAUUAAUCAAAAAUCAGGAUUUUGUGACGGUGUCCAUAAAGGAUUUAACAAGUUCAUUGGAAUCUAUCAAUGUUCUCUCAUUUUUAUCAAUCAAAUUGCUGGAAGACUCAAGUUCAGUGCCAGAAUGUGACACGAACGUGAAGUUCUUGGAACAACUCAAUGAAAUGUUGGAUUCAAGAUUGCAAUCAUUUAAAGUGAAUGAGAUUGACUUGUCAUUCCGAAGUAUAUCUUUGAGUCGUCACGUACUAUCGAUGGUUGUCAGCUGCCAAUCCGACAUGUUCAAAUCAUUGAAUAUCAAAGUAACGGAUAAGAAUGGCAAACGUUUGUUGGAUAAAUUAUUCUCUAUCACCGAUUUAUCAAAGUUUGUUGAGCAUCACCAAAUUCAAGCGUUGGAAAACUUUGUGAAUAAUGAACUCAAAUCUUAUAAAACAGGGAUCGAUUAUACGUAUAAACUGACGUUUUCUGAUGAAGUUAAGUUACUCGGGCAGACAUUAGAGAGAAACCUCAAAGUUAAAAAUUCAGCGCCCUACCAAACCCAGAAAUCGAAUACGGAAAUGCACCUGAAUACUCAGCAAUCAAUACUAUAUGACAUGCCAGAUCUUGUCAUUGAUAGAAUUGUGAAUCUGCUGCAGCCAAAAAAUCGACUCGACUUCCGGGCAGUUUGUAAAAGAUUCCGAGCUGCAGUGGACAGGAAGAGCUCCAGACAACGUUGUUAACUUUUUCAAUACUUUUUUUAAACUCAUCUUGUAUAUUCGAGCUGUAACAGCACAUUUUUGACAAAAAACCAGAAAACUC